UAUAUUGUCGAACACAACCUAGAAUGUUGCUGCUCUUUUCCCUCAUUCACGUUGUUUUCUUUGCAUAAUAAUAAAAAUGGGUAACGCUGCAGCAAAAGUGGAAGCGAAGCCGGAAGAGAAAAAGAAAUUAAAACCUUGCUGCGCCUGUCCUGAAACCAAGAAAGCGAGAGACACAUGUAUCAUAGAAAAAGGCGAGGAAAAUUGCGGAGAUCUUAUAGAAGCGCAUAAAACUUGUAUGAGGUCAAUGGGAUUCAAUAUAUAAUGAAGAUACAGGAAAAUAAAUAUUUGUUACCAAGAUAUUUGCUAUCAAGAUCUACAAGGAACUUGUGAGAAUGCUUAGAUCUUAAUAGACAUAUAUAUAUAUUUAUGUAUACAUGUCUUUGUAAAUAAUUUUCUUUCUAUGAUAGAAUUUAUAGUGAAAUAAAAAUGAGUAUUAUGUUUCUCAGUGGA